ACCCUAACCCCUAAAAUCGAAAUAGACGAAGGGAGAGAGAGAGAGACGAUGGAUCACAUCGCUGCGGCGGAGGAGCAAAUCGUGACGGAGAGGUUAACUAGAAAGCUUGAAGAAGUUAAUGCAGCUGCUCAGGCCCAGCUUUCUCCUGUCCAAGAUCACAUCAAUUUCACCCUCCAGCAAGCCUAUUUCAAAUGUGCAUAUGAGUGCUUUGACAGAAGAAGAAAGCAAGAGGAGAUAAGCAACUGUGUUGAGUACUGCAGUGUCCCCGUUGUCAAAUCUCAACAGCAUUUCGAAAACGAAAUGGCUCAGUUUCAGGAAAGACUAAACAGAGCACUGAUGGUGUGUCAAGACAAAUUUGAGACUACAAAGCUCCAAAAGAUCAGGCAUGAAGCUGUUAGUGAGAUGGAGAGUUGCGUGCUCAAAUCCAUUGAGGAAAACCUCAAUACAUUACCUCAUGUUGUGCAGAGAAUGAAGACAGCAUUUAACAUGACUAAUGAAAUCUCAAAUCCAUAAACAGUUCAGAACACGACUGGCCAUUUGUUUGAAUGUUGCAGUCUUUUAUUUAAGACCUUUUGUUGUCUUUUUUACUUUGUAAACUUGUUUUACUUGCUCUUAUAUAAAGGCCACGUUAGGUUUAAAAUUUGGCA